CCUCACUUUAUUUAAAUGAAAAAAUACUUAUACAAUGAAUGAUUAUUGGUAAGCAGCAAAGAUCCUUCACACUCCAGCUAUCAUGGAUUUGACCAAGUCAACAGACGAGAUUCUGGACGACAUGUGCCGAGUGGUGUACGAGAAGCUGUACGGUACUGGAGCCAGGGGACUCGAACCCUACCUGCAGGCGCUGUCAGAGGAGCUGCAGGAACAUAAAAUACAACACGUUACUGGCAGGAAGUGUCUGGAUAAACACAGGGAGAAAUACUUCAAGAUCGACCUGUUGAUCCCACCUAUGGAGAGAUUCAUCAUGUUGAAGAGCCGUAAGCACAUCACGCGUGCCGACAUGAACCAGUUCCGGCAGCAGGAGUCCAGUAUCGGCUUGAAGGGCUUGUUGGUGAACUUCUACAACGGCGUCGACGUCAGGGAGUCAACGUCGCUACUGCCGGGCGAAGAGAAGAGGGAAGUCGCAAAGCAGAAUCCAAAACUUAGAAGUCAAUUUGGUGGUCGACGAGCCACCUCAGUGGACAAACUUCCCGGAAUCGCAACGGACCGCCGCCUCGGCUCCCGGUCGUGGGGCGGCUCCAACACGGCCGUGUCCACCACGACGACAACGGCUCUCCCAACCGCACCCGUUACGGCAAACAUUGACUUCACCCAAAUAUUCGCCGCUGCUUGUGCUUCUUUCUUCAUUAGUGAAGGCGACCGUCAGACUUUUGCUUCAGCAUUCAAUGAUUUCCUUACGCAGAUGAGCAUCAAACGGCUUACGUUCCCUCGUAAGCACUUGAACGGCGCCUACCUCCAGAAACCUGAAGGAGUGCUCAACGAAAACCUCGAGUAUUUCUUCAAGACUUCGUCCAUAGCUUCUCAGGUUCGCAAGAAAACCCCGGACGACAACGACGACGAGGACGGGGAUUCGGUUCGUUCAAAUGCACCAUCAAGUCCUCCCGAGAAUCGACGGCGGAUAACACGAUUAUCUGGCAACCCACGUCGCCGUCUGCCCGCUAUCGGCGCCGCAUCACCGCCGGACACGCCGAAACGGCGACCAUCACCCACCUACCGCGUGGCCACACUCGGCCUACCGCACGUAAAUCGACCGCCACAGCCGAUCGACGUCGGCCGUGCGUUCGCCGCGGCUUGCGCUGCUUUUUUCCUCACUGAAGGUUUUCAAGAAGAUUUUAUGAUUGUUUUUGCAGAUUUUUUACGAGUCAUGAUUGCUCCAAGUCAGUACGGUGUACGAUAUGCCGCAUCGCGUUAUAACAAGUACAAGCCCAGAGAUAGUGAUGAUCCUUACGAAAACGUCGAAGGCUUAAAACUUCCUCCAAAAAGAGUCAUCAACCGUUUGAGGACAGCGCUUAUCGGGGAUGAUGAUUUUGAUGCCGAUGAUGGAACUGAAGAGGGUCGCCAAAGAAGAACAAAUCCAAUGUAUGAGCUGAAAAACAUAACGCUAAUGCCUAUCAGCGUAGACGGGAAAUAGAGUGUGCAUUUAUGCAUGUAAGUAAAGUCACAGGAAUAAUUCUAUAUCACUCACUAGCUGAAUUGUUAGCGAUUAUUUUAUACUUGGAAUAAUUACCGUAAUCUCUUGAGUUAAAUCAGUCAUAUUUAAGCAUAGAAACCGUCCUUUGAAAAUUGUUCCUGACAGGGCAAUAUUUUAUGGCCCCUGCGAUGAAUUAUCAUAAGCAAUUUUUGAUCUCCAAAAUUAGAGUUUCAGUUGCACUCAUCAGGCCCAAUCGCGGGAAAAUUUUCUUUGAGUUAUCGUUAACUCAACAAUUUUCAAUUGUUGGCCGUUUGUAACUGGAGUUUUACGGUGAUUUUAUAAAAUAAAUUUUGCACGUAUAGAAAUAGUUAAAGCAGAAUUGUCAUUUGCAGGUUUUGAGCUGAUCAAGUUGUGUAAGAAAUGUUUCUCUCUGAUAAUGUCUAAACUGAGAUUUUGUUAAAAUACUACUAUCUUCACAACUACUUGCUCCAAGAACUCGCUGCUUCAUACACUUUAGAAUUCAAAUAUUUAUUUAUUAUAAUAAUCACUGGGAAUAAAGCACAUGAAUUCGAUGUCGUUUC